UUAAACAAAGGUGCUUCUUCUUGCUGACUCUGUGCAGAGGAAUUCUUGCAUACUUGCAGUUGUCCUUCCCAUUAUCAGCCAAAGAUGCUGUUUAAUUUGAGUACCUUGCUGAGGAAUGCAGGUCUCCGACAAGGAAGCCGGUUGGCAGUUCGAACUUUUCAAUGUGGAAAAUCAGUACAAAGCAAUGUCCAGUUGAAAGGACGUCACCUCUUAACUCUAAAAGACUUUACAGGAGAAGAAAUCAAAUAUUUGCUCUGGCUAUCAGCAGAUCUGAAGUACAGAAUAAAACAGAAAGGAGAGUAUUUGCCUCUGUUACAAGGGAAAUCCCUCAGCAUGAUUUUUGAGAAAAGAAGCACAAGAACAAGACUGUCAACAGAAACAGGAUUUGCUUUGCUUGGAGGUCAUCCUUGUUUCCUGACAACCCAAGAUAUUCAUUUGGGAGUGAAUGAAAGUCUCACAGACACUGCACGAGUGCUGUCUAGCAUGACAGAUGCCAUUCUGGCUCGUGUGUAUAAACACUCUGAUCUGGACCACUUAGCCAAGGAAGCUUCAGUUCCAAUUGUCAAUGGUUUGUCAGAGAUGUACCAUCCUAUCCAAAUUCUGGCUGAUUACCUCACUCUCCAGGAACAUUAUGGUUAUCUAAAAGGCCUUACACUCAGCUGGAUAGGUGAUGGAAACAACAUUCUUCACUCCAUCAUGAUGAGUGCUGCUAAAUUUGGGAUGAAUCUGCAAGUGGCUACACCCAAGGGUUAUGAACCAGAUCCCGGUAUCACCAAACUAGCAGAGCAAUAUGCUAAAGAGCAUGGUACCAAGUUGUCUCUGACUUUUGAUCCAAUGGAAGCUGCACAAGGGAGCAAUGUCUUAAUUACAGACACGUGGGUAAGCAUGGGACAAGAGGAAGAGAAGAAAAAGAGGCUACAAGACUUUCAAGGUUACCAGAUAACAAUGAAGAUGGGUAAAGUUGCUGCUCCCAACUGGACAUUUUUACACUGCUUGCCCAGAAAACCAGAAGAGGUUGAUGAUGAAGUAUUUUAUUGUCCAAGGUCACUUGUAUUUCCAGAAGCUGAAAACAGGAAAUGGACAAUCAUGGCUGUCAUGGUUUCCCUGCUGACGGAUUACUCACCACAGCUGCAGAAGCCUACAUUUUGAUGCUUUGUCUUUUUCCAAGGGGGAAAAAUAUUCUGUAAUAACAGAAUAUUCUAGUCCAUAGGGAAGCGGAGGGUGGGGAACAAGGGGCUCAAAGCAAUAAGAUAUUCCCUAAUAUAGCCUAAUUUUAGGUGAAUUUUACAAUAUCGUUUUGCUGUUGUGAAAUCCCAUGCAAUAUUGAAGCUCUGACAUUUGUGUGGGGUUUUUUGUCUCAUUGUUUAAAGCUCUCUAGAGUAUGUAUUUUGUCUGUACUUUUAAAGUGUCAUUUAAUAAAUGAAUUUGAGCAUUCAUUUAAAAUUAUUGGGGUUUGCCACUGCAAUAUGAGAAAAGAAACCAAAAAGCAGGUUACAUGACUUAUUUGUGAUAACCUAAUGGGUCAUUACCUACAGUGAUUUGUACAUUAAAAUAUUAUUCAUUAUCAA